GUAAAGCAUAGAAGGGGCAGAGGACCACGUUUGCUCCCUAUUCACUGCCGCCUCGUCCCUAUACCUCUCGUAUACAUCAUCCUGAGCGGUUCAUUCCCUGACAAACCCCUUCUAUCAUCGCACACCUCUGUCCUGAGUGCAAGGAUCUAUUGGUUAAUCCAUCGGUCCAUCCGUCCUCUCGCACUGUCUCCCCCAUUGCCUUGACCUCAUUCCGUCCCCAGGAGGAAGCUUCUUCCCCGGCGGCUGAGCUCAGAGGUCCCCCCCUGAGAGACGACAUGGAGGAGAUCCAGAGGCAGCUGACUCAGCGGUAUGAAGGCGCCAAGCAGAGGAAGGUGCGGUUCAAGCUGGCGUCGUCGUACAGCGGCCGCGUGCUGAAGCACGUGUACGAGGACGGCCAGGAGGUGGACAGCCCCGAGGAGAAGUACCCCCACAGCUUCCUCCGCCGCAAGCUCCCCCCCAGCCACCUGGAGCUGGAGCAGCUGUGCGGCUUCCAGGAGCCCCCCCCCGAGGACCCGCCGGGUGUGUACCCUCCCACCGGGGUGAUCGCCCAGCGCAUCAACGUCUACCGGGGGAUGGCUGGCUACAAGCCUGCUGUGUCCCAGGGCGACGGGACGCAGGGGGACCCCGAUUCCUCAGUGCUGGACUUUGGCAAGAUCAUCAUCUACACCAGCAACCUGCGCAUCAUCCGGGCCCCCCGGCAGAGGACCCCGGAAACGGCCCCUCAGAGUAGCCCCGAGGCGCCACCGAGACGGGGCGGGGCCGGCCCGGAGCCCCGCCCCCACAGCAGCAGCAGGAGGAGGAGAUCCAGGAGGUCUCCGUCGUCUCCCCGCGACGGGGGGGAGACGGAGAGGGGGAAGGAGAGAGGGAAGGAGAGGGGGAAGGAGAGGGGGAAGGAGAGAGGGAAGGAGAGAGGGAAGGAGAGGGGGAAGCCAUUAGGCGACGCUGACGACAAGAUCUCCAUUCCCCCCCCUUGUUGGACUCUGCUUCCUGAAUGGUUUAGUCCGGGGAGUGACUGAGUGCCAGACGGCUGGGUUGCGGGGUAUUGUUCAGCGACGAGAACAGGACAUUUUGUCCCCACGGGGAGGCGCACAGGGGAAUAGGCUUGGGAUGUGUAUGUGCAUGUGUUUAGUUAAAUGUGUGAAUGCAUGUUUGUGUGCAUGUGUUAAUGUAAAUGUGUGUGUUUUUGAGAUUGUGUGGGUGUGUGUGUGUGUGUGUCUCCGCGGGUGUGUGUGUGUGUGUGUAGUUGUGUGUGUCUGUGCAGGUGUGCAUGCAUGUUUGUGUAGCUCUGUGUUUAUGUGUGAGAGAGCGUACUUUUAGCAGUGGUUAAGCGGGUGAAUGACCAGUAUAAUGUUGAUUAACGACCAUUAAAUGGGAUCCUCCUGUUUUUAAUUAAACGUGUAAGCACAGGAGUGCAGUACAUAAUCAAGUGUUUAGUCUCUAUCAGCCUACCCUCAUAUCACUUUUCAUUGCCAGUUUUGUUGAACAUUUAGAAAACAGCAAACACUCUGAUUUGAUGGAAGUCAGCCAUCCAAGAAAAGACACAAAUAUGUUAUAUGAAGAUACAUGCACAACAUCCCGGCUGGCUGAGAUUCAGCAUUCUCCACCCGGGCCGCAAGAGAUCAAUACUUUGCCAAGGUAGACAUUGCCCUCUCCGAGCCACUAAAACAAUCACCUUCUUAUCAGAAUGACACCGGUGUCAUCCUGAGGUCUGUGUGUGUGAGUGUGUGUUCUUGUGUUUCCCUUUCUCACUCUC